CCAUCCCCCGCCCCUCCACGCCUCCGCCUCGGCCAAUCAGCGCCCUCCCGCCCGUCCGGCCCGCGGAGAGUUCCUAGCAAGAUGGCUGCGGCGUGCCGGGUAGUGAAGGGCCUGGUUGCUCUAAUAACCGGAGGAGCCUCUGGUCUAGGUCUGGCCACAGCAGAGCGACUGGUGGGGCAAGGGGCCACUGCUGUGCUUCUGGACCUGCCCGACUCUGAUGGGGAGGUCCAAGCCAAGAAGUUAGGGAAGAGCUGCGCCUUUGCCCCAGCUGAUGUGACCUCAGAGAAGGAUGUGCAAGCAGCCUUGACUCUAGCAAAAGAAAAAUUUGGCCGUGUGGAUGUGGCAGUCAACUGUGCAGGCAUUGCAGUGGCCAUAAAGACAUACAACUUAAAGAAGAAUCAGGCCCAUUCCUUGGAGGACUUCCAGCGAGUUCUCAAUGUGAAUCUCCUCGGCACCUUCAAUGUGAUCCGCCUGGUGGCCGGUGAGAUGGGCCAGAAUGAGCCAGACCAGGGAGGCCAGCGUGGGGUCAUCAUCAACACUGCCAGCGUGGCUGCCUUUGAGGGCCAGGUUGGACAAGCUGCAUACUCUGCUUCCAAGGGGGGCAUAGUGGGCAUGACUCUGCCCAUUGCUCGGGAUCUGGCUCCCAUGGGCAUCCGAGUGAUGACCAUUGCUCCAGGCCUAUUUGGCACCCCGCUGCUCACCAGCCUCCCAGAAAAAGUGCGCAACUUCUUAGCCAGCCAGGUGCCCUUCCCCAGCCGACUGGGUGAUCCCGCUGAGUAUGCUCAUCUGGUACAAGCCAUCAUCGAGAACCCAUUCAUCAAUGGAGAGGUCAUCCGGCUGGAUGGGGCCAUCCGCAUGCAGCCUUGAAGGGAGAGGGCAGAGAAAACACAUGCUCUUCUCUUCCUGCUUCCCUUGGAGUACUUUACUGCAGCCUGGGAGGAAGUCCCACAGCCAUCUUGUAACUCUGCCCAGUAGUCACACUCUGUGCCUAAUAAAGUCUGUUUCUCACACGGA